AGUUGGUGAUAAAUCCGUGGAUGAAACCGAGGCUCGUGUGUGGCUACGACAGUACAACGAAGGACUGCGCAACCGCACUAUAUCGACAACUGAAGCCAGCUGGGCCCAUAGUACCAACAUGAACCCCACAACUGCAGCGGCUGCGAUACAAGCUCAGAAUCAACUUAAGGAAUGGGCGUUAAAGAAACGAAAGGAAGCUAAGAGAUUCACUCCAGCUAUAUAUUCAGAAGACCUGAGGAGACAAUUCUGGUUGAUUUCGCUAGAUGGCACUCCAGAGGAUGCUAACGAACUCAGACAAUUGUCCAAGCUCCAAAAUGAAAUCGAAAGUCUGUACAGCACGGGCAAGGCAUGCCGGGAUGAAAACGGAAACGAGGCUUGUCAUCCGCUCGAACCUGACCUUGAACACAUCUUCGCGACAUCACGUGACUAUAACGAACUGCAGUGGGCGUGGCUAGGCUUUCGCGACGCGGUUGGUCCGGCUAUGAGAGAGAAAUUCGCGCGACUGGUAGAACUGAAAAACAGCGGAGCACGAGAACAUGGAUUUGGUAACUUUUGGGAACGCCUUGAAGCGCCGUUUGAGAUAGAAAACUUGCUGGACGUUGCUAACGACCUGUGGACUCAGAUCAGACCCCUGUACAUCCAGCUACAUGCUUACGUAAGGAGAAAACUAGCCACUUUCUAUGGCGAAGACAAGGUCUCAACAACAGGGCCAAUACCUGCACACCUACUAGGAAACAUUUGGGCUAAGUGGUGGGGCAACAUUUACGAUUUGGUGGCACCCUACCCAGACCAACCGGAUAUGAACGUCACUUCCGUCCUGUUGCAAAAGGGAUAUGACCCACUGCGCAUGUUCAAGACUGCAGAGGAGUUCUUCACCUCCCUUGGUUUGCGGGAACUACCAGAGGUUUUCUGGGAGAAGUCUAUGAUCGUCCGCCCCGAGAACAGGGAAGUGUCAUGCCACCCAACAUCCUGGGACUUCUAUCACCAUAGCGACGUCAGGGUGAAGAUGUGUACAGAGGUGAACCGUGAGUUCCUGGGGACAAUUCAUCACGAGCUGGGACACAUCCAGUAUUUCCUGCAGUACGAGGACCAGCCUAUGCUGUACAGGGACGGUGCGAACCCGGGGUUCCACGAGGCUGUAGGCGACACCGUGGCCCUGUCCGCCAUGACACCUGCACAUCUCCGUACUGUGGGGCUGCUGGAAGACUGGCCAGAUACGCACGAAAGCGACAUCAACUUUCUGUUGAGGGUAGCCCUGGACAAGAUCCCGGCCCUGGCCAUGCAUCUGAUGAUUGACACUUGGCAGAGUCGCGUCUUCAGCGGCGAGAUAACUCCAGACGAGUACAACAGGGAGUGGUGGAAACUCAGAUUGGAGUACCAGGGACUGUCGCCUCCUGCACAAAGAACAGAAGAAGAUUUUGAUGCUGGGUCCAAGUUUCACAUUGUCUACGGAUUUGCCAUGAUGAGGUACUUUGUAAGCUACAUUGUCCAGUUCCAUUUCCACGAGGCCCUGUGUAGGGAGGCGGGAUAUCUGCAGGGUCCGCUCCAUAGGUGUGACAUCUACGGGUCAUCUGAUGCUGGGGAGAGACUACGUGAGAUGCUGAGGAUGGGAAACAGUCAACCCUGGCCAGAAGCCAUGAGGACCAUGACUGGACAGAACAAGAUGGUGACGUCCGCAAUUUUGGAGUAUUUUCAGCCGCUCAUGGAAUGGUUAAAGGAACAGAAUAAGAAGGAGAGUUUAGGUUGGUAGUGUAAGAAAGCAUACAGACAGAUAGACACAGUAUCUAAUAUAUGGUAGAUAGUGCAACUGAUUGUACAAAGUUCCAAUUCGUCAAUCUAAAUGAUUUACAAAACUUCAUUUACACACGACGAACCAGAAGGUGACAUUGAUGUUAGUGUUAGGAUUCCUGUGGCAACCUUUCUGUAAGAACAGCCUAUAGGAUAUUGUCUUUGUCUCAUCAGCUACAUGUACUAGAAUAUCAACAUAGACGAGAUCAACGUAUACAAAUGUCACGAGAAAAUGACGAAGAAAAAACGAAAUGUAACCCUGAUGUCUUUAUUGAAUGCAUUUUUCAAACAAUUUGUUUUUAAAUUUUCACUACUUUCUAAGUUCUAUGUCGAUAACAUGACCCUUCUGUUACACAAUACUACAACUCCAGUGCUUUUCUUCCCAUUUUGUUUCUUAAAUUUAUUAUUUUGAUGAUCUGCAAAUAAUCUUAGUUAGUAUUAAGCAUAGCCACUUUUGUGUAUUUACAUUCUAAAAAGUUACAGCUCCAAGCGCGCCUGUUGCAUUGAAAGGAAAACCAAAGUAGACUUCGACAUUUUUCUAA